AUGAAGUUCUCUGCCGUCAUCCUCUCCGCCCUUGUGGCCGUCGCCUCCGCUCUCAAAGAGCCCGACUACUCCAAGCCUCCCAGCGGCAAUCCCAUCUCCCGUCCCGGCUUGCAGGAACAGGUCCAAGCCGGCGUGUCCUACACUAUCACCUGGCAGCCAACAAGUGACGGGCCCGUGUCCCUUACUCUGCUCCGUGGCCCAAGCCAGAACAUCAAGCCUCUGUCGGUGAUUGUCGAGAGCACUGCCAACACCGGCACUUUCCAGUGGACUCCUUCCCUUUCCCUCGAGGUCGAUGUGACUCACUAUGGCCUCCUGAUUGUCGACCAGAAAACCGGCGCCUACCAAUGGUCCACCCAGUUCGGCAUCAAGGGCGGCGCCACGCCACCAAAGUCCUCGAUCUCCGUCUCCCGCACCGUCAUUGAGCCAAUCCCAAGCAGCAGCGCUCCAAGCAGCAGCGCCCCUGUCUCGUACUCUACGCAUUUCCCAGUCACCACCAUCACCACCACCAUCUGCACCUCAAGCGCGUCUGCUCCAUACCCAACCGGCACCGCCCCUGCCAGCUCUGCCGGCCCAACUGCGCCCACCACCUACCGUGCCACUCCCACCCCAGUCCCAUCCUCUCCUCCAGUCUUUGAGGGUGCUGCGGGCCGCAACACCGUUGGCCUGGGAGCUGCUCUGCUCGCUAUGGCCGCCGUCUUUGCCUUCUAA